AUGAAUGCCAUGGACAACACUAGUUGCUUCCUUUUUUCCAUCUCAUUGCUAGCAAGCUUUUUCAUCGUUUGCUUGUCUAGCUCCAUCACAAACUUGACAACCGAUCAAUUUGCUCUUCUUGCCUUCAGAGACCAUAUCACUCACGACCCUGAAGAUGUAUUGGCUAGUAAUUGGUCCACCACUAGCUCAGUUUGCAAUUGGGUUGGUGUCUCGUGUGGUCUUAGGCACCACAGAGUCAUAGCCUUGAAUCUCUCUCGUAUGGGUCUCCAAGGCACCAUCGCUCCACACCUUGGAAAUCUCUCAUUCCUCGCGUCACUCGACAUCAGUCACAACAAUUUCAAUGGCUAUGUACCUCAAGAGUUGGCUCGUUUGCAUCGAUCGAAAGAAAUCCGUCUGCAAUACAACAACUUCAGUGGAGAGGUGCCAUCAUGGUUUGGGAUCUUACCACAACUACAUCAGUUGCAUCUGAAUAAAAAUAGUUUCACAGGUACUAUCCCAAAAUCACUAGGUAACAUCUCCAAGCUAGAAUUAUUGGAUAUAAGAAACAAUUCUUUGCAUGGAAACAUUCCGAAAGAGAUUGGUAAUCUCUCUAAACUAGAAAUGCUGCACUUGAGUUUUAACAAGCUCACAGGGUCCAUCCCAUCUUCGAUCUUCAAUGUUUCUUCUUUGAAGUCGAUUGAUUUCACAAACAAUAGCAUCUCUGGAAGUUUGCCAAUGGAUAUAUGCAGCCAUCUUCCUAAACUUGAAGGACUUUAUCUUUCUCUGAAUAACCUUCAUGGCCAGAUUCCCUCCAAUUUAUAUAAAUGCAAGGAGUUCCAAUAUCUAUCAUUAUCAUUCAACAACUUCAGUGGCAACAUACCAAGAGAAAUUGGCAACUUGACUAUGCUCAAGGGGUUAUAUCUUGGUAUAAACAACUUGAAAGGUGUCAUUCCAUCAGAAAUCGGAAAUCUUCAACGCCUGGAAGUAAUGAACUUAAUCAAUAGCUCUCUAACAGGGUCCAUACCAUCUUCAAUCUUCAACAUUUCUUCUUUGAGAAUAAUUGAUUUAACAUACAAUAGCCUGUCUGGAAGUUUGCCUAUAGACAUGUGCAGCCACCAUCCAAAACUUGGAGGACUUUAUCUUUCUUCGAAUCAGCUUAACGGGCAAAUUCCAUCCAAUUUAUGCAAAUGCAGGGAGCUCCAAAUUUUAUCAUUGUCAUUGAAUGGCUUUAAUGGCAGCAUACCUAGAGAAAUUGGCAACCUAACUAUGCUCAAGGAGUUAUAUCUUGGUCAAAACAACUUGAAAGGUGUAUUCCCAUCAGAAAUAGGUAAUCUUCAACGUCUGGAAGUAAUGAGCUUAAUCAAUAGCUCUCUAACGGGGUCCAUACCAUCUUCAAUAUUCAACAUUUCUUCUUUGAGAAUAAUUGAUUUGACAGACAAUAGCCUGUCUAGAAGUUUGCCUAUAGACAUGUGCAGCCACCUUCCUAAACUUGGAGGACUUCAUCUUUCUUCAAAUCAGCUUAACGGGCAAAUUCCAUCCAAUUUAUGCAAAUGCAGGGAGCUCCAAAUUUUAUCAUUGUCAUUGAAUGGCUUUAAUGGCAGCAUACCUAGAGAAAUUGGCAACCUAACUAUGCUCAAGGAGUUAUAUCUUGGUAGAAACAACUUGAAAGGAGCUAUUCUCCCAUACUAG